UCGCCAUGAGUGCUUAUCGCCUUCUCAUCCCACGAUUUCUCGCCAUUCUAGUUAUUACGGGAGCAGCCGAGUUGCUGGUAGAGAAUAGAGAUGAGAUCUCUCCGAGGUGUGUUUAUCCGGUGAGGAAAAUUCCGGUUUCAGGGAAAACUUCCCUGACUUUGAUGUCUCCUAAUUUUCCGGCAUCUUAUGAAUACAACACAAGAUGUGGCUGGUCUCUAAGGCCAGUGAGCAAGAGCGUGAGUCUGAGACUGAACUGCGACGCAUUCCACCUACAAGGGAUCAAUGACGUUGGAAGAUGCCCCGAUUUUCUGGAAAUCAUGGAAACGAGGUACUGUGGGUCGGAGCCUCCGCGUAACAUCACGGCCACGAAUUUGAAACGGCUGAAAAUCGUUUUCAAGAGCAAUGCCCGCGAUAACUACAAGGGCUUUAAAUGUACAGUGGAAGGAACGAACAGCAACACACAAGGAUGUUCUUGUGGGACGGGGGGAGGGGGACCGCCCGAGUCGCCACCACAACCGACUGGAUCCCCGACAAACAAUAGCAGCUUCACUCCCUGGGUGGCGGCUAUUGUCAAAGCCGACACUGACGUCCCCUUCUGCAGCGCCUCCGUCAUUUUCGAAGAUUGGCUCCUCACGUCAGCGUCGUGUGUUGAGAGGAUCAAGUACAACAAGUACAAUUACGCAGUGUUCGUGGGAGCCCGAAAUGUGACAUCUGACACUCGGUCUAGGAACUUACACCAGAUCAAGAGAGUCUUGAUUCACCACGAUUAUAAUUCUGAUAGAACAACCCUCUCCGGGAGUGACAUCGGCCUAGUGCAACUCACGGCACCAGUGGACUUCCGUACCCAGAACAUUAGGCCCAUCUGUCUCCCAGGGGACCCCAGUUUGGAACUGACCGGUCGCAGGGCAGUCUUCACAGGGUGGAGAACCGACUACGGAACUGUUGAGGCCACAGUGGACAACCAAGAAAACCUGCUGCUGUCGCAGAUAAGUUGUAAACGUUCGUUCCAGGACACAGACACAAGAAUCAACAAUUCUUGGCUUUGCUCUUCUCUACGGGAUCAGCCUAACGCAUGCUUCAGUGAGGAAGACUUGGGCGGUCCACUAAUGGUCAGAUCGGACAGUGGUCGAUAUGUACAAGUGGGCAUAGCACUGCACAGUUCUGGUUGUACCAACACGACCACUACAUCGUUGCCCCAGAUCUACACGAAUGUCAACAAAUACACGAGAUGGAUCAAGAAAUCUGUGGAAUUAUCUGAUACGUGUGUUUGAUUCUCAUGUUGGCCAUUACAGAACAACAUUUUUAGUUGCAAGAAAAGGCUUACCACAGUCUCCCCAUGUUCUUUGGUCUCAUAGAUUCAAAUGCAUUCCCUUUUUGUAAAUCCCUUCAUAUAAUAAAUGCAUUGAAAACGAAA